CAAGAUGCAUCUAACUACAAAUAAACAAUAUUGAAUGGACAAAAUUAGAAUCAGUAGUAUACUUAACUAGCAAAUAAGUUCAAAAUGCAGUAAAUUCAAAAUGCAUCAACCAACAAAUAUUGAGUGGAUAGAAUGAGAAUCAGGAGUAUAGUAGCAAUAUGCUACGUGAAGGCGGUGCUGAGCGUCUUCACGCCGAAGGUCAGGAUCGAGCAGGGCGUGCUGAGGGGUCUGCGGAGCUUCUCCGGCCAGCGCAGGUUCUAUGGCAUCCCUUACGCUGUCAGCACGAGGUUUCAGCCCCCGAGAGAGCCUCCCCCCUGGCGCGGCACGUUGCUCGCCGUCCGCCGCUUCGGCGCGUGCGCACAGAGCGUCUCCUUCCUGUCCCUGGGCUCCGAGCACUGCCUGCGCCUCGACGUGCACGCCCCGGCCUCCGGCUCCAACCUACCCGUCCUCGUCUUCAUCCACGGAGGCGCCUACUACUACGGCACCAGAGCACACUACGACCCCAACUAUCUAGUCGCCAAACACGUUAUAGCUGUCAUAAUCAACUACAGAGUCGGAGUUCUAGGCUUCUUAUGCCUGAAUGGAGUCGCCAACUUAGGCCUGAAAGACCAAGUUGCUGCCCUCAAGUGGAUAAGAAGGAACAUAGGCGCGUUCGGAGGAGAUCCAGACAAUGUGACGAUAGCCGGCCAGAGCGCCGGCGCUAGCGCGGCCGCUAUGCAUUUACUCUCCAAAUCCAGUGAAGGUCUAUUCCAUAAACUUAUCCUUAUGAGUGGCACCCCUUUGAGCCCUUGGGCGUUUAACUUGGAGCCUCUAAAACCGGCUUAUGAGGACGCUAGUAAACUCGGUCCAGCCAGGACUGAACAAGACGUAUACAACAUUUUUAUGAACGCGACGUUAAAAGAUCUGUUGGAAAGCACGCAUGAUAGAUCAGUAAGCACCAGAUAUUUCAAAUAUUCUCCAUGUAUGGAUGUAAACUUUCCUGAAUCUUUCUUUUGGGAUACUCCAUACGACAUCAUUCGAUCUGAAUCUUUGAGGCCAGUCCCAAUGAUUUUAGGAUACGCCGAUGUGGAAGGUAUGUUGUUCUACGGACUGAACAGCGAUCAGGAUUUUCAAGAAUGGAACUCAAACUUCGCCCAAAGACUGCCAUCCGUUUUCUCCACGUGUUCUAAACUGGAAAAGAAGAAGAUAGUCAAGAAACUACGCUCAUGUUACUUUGGAGGUGAUAGGAUUAAUAGUAAAAACGUGAAAGGUGUAGUGAAUUAUUACUCAGACUGGAUAGCAUAUGCAUCGGUGAAUGCGUUUUCGAAGCUAAUGGUGGAGAAGUCAGCUCCUGUGUACAACUACAUGUUUUCGUACGAAGGGGGGAGGAACUUCGCGAAGGGGCUGGUCGUACAGGGCGGGGUGGCGGGCGCCUCGCAUUCGGACGACAUCUUCUACAUCUUCAAGCCGGCGGGCCUGGGACUGCCGGUCUCUGCUGAGGAUAGGCUCUUCAUAGACCGGCUGACUACCAUGCUGGCUAACUUUAUGAAGUUUGGCAACCCCACCCCCCACCGGACUCCACUACACCCAGUGCUCUGGCCCCUCGCCAACGCAUCGCUCAACACUCCUACCAUGCGCCUGGGCAACCAGUUCACAGUCAUUCCCGCUCCAGAGUCGCAUCAAGGUCGACUUCUGCUGAACUUGCUGUGUCGGUAUGGAAAGAAGGGAUUUGUGCCUUGUGAGAGUGAAGAUCUUUGUGGAAAUGAAUAGGUAUCUUCCUGCCACACGUGAAUACAUCCCUCAACUGUCCUACUAUGCGCCUGGGCAACUAGUUCACGGUGGUUCCCACGCCACAGUCGCAUCAAGGUCGACUUC